GUAGGGGGUAACGCAGUUAUCAAGGAGGGCUCAGUGACCCAAAGACGCGCUGCCGCUACUUUGGGAGUUUUUGUCAUUGAUAGAGACGGUCUACAGGUGCUUCUUAUUUUGAAGCGAGUAAUAACAAUCAUCUUUCUGGAGAAGACGAGACAGGUUGCGCCAGAGAUGGAGAACAGGUCAACCAAAGGGAGAGUCGUGAUCAAAGACGAGUGGCCCGGCUACAGCCUCAAGCUGUUCACCUACCCAGAGCACUACCACGAGGACGUGGAGAGUGUUUACAUACCCCACGGUGUCAUCAUGGACCGGAUCGAGCGUCUGGCGCGCCACAUCAUGGAGGACAUCUCGGACCAGAACAUCAUGGUGCUGUGUGUGCUGAAGGGCGGCUACAAGUUCUGCUGCGACCUGGUGGAGCACAUCAAGGCCAUCGGACGCAGCGCCGACAAGUACCUGGAGACCCGCGUGGAGUUCAUCAGGCUCAAGAGCUACCUGAAUGACCAGUCCACCGAGGACCUGCAGAUCAUAGGGAGUCAGGACCUGUCCUUCCUGCGGGGGAAGAACGUACUGAUAGUCGAGGCGAUCGUCGACACAGGGAAGACCAUCAACGCACUUCUGAAGCACGUGGAGACCUUUGAGCCCAAGAUGGUGAAGGUUACUGCUCUGCUGGUGAAGAGAGUGCCCAACAUGGUGGAGAACCUUCCAGACUACGUCGGCUUCGAGAUCCCCAACCGCUUCGUGGUGGGCUACGCGCUGGACUACAACGAGUAUUUCCGUGACCUGAACCAUAUCUGUGUGAUCAGCGAGGUGGGGAAGAAGAAGUACAAGAUCUCAGCGGAAAAACCUGGAAUCGUUGAGGACCUCAGCCUGCAGGCUGAGGACCUCAGCCUGCUGAAUGACCUCCUAGCUCCUUGAAGGUCUCUCUCUCUCUCUCUCCCUCUCUCUCUCUCUCUCUCUCUCUCUGAAAACAUAUGCUCCUUAGUUUGUUUCCCUGCACCACAUCUUAUAUAAACAGCCCAACACGCUGCAAGGUUGUUUUCCCGAUUCCUCUCGACCGUGGCUAAUUCGUGGUGCCGUUCCAGAUGUAAACCGAUGCGAGUUGGCGUGCGAGAUGUAUACAAGUGUUUGGACCUGUUAAUGCAAAAUGUCUUCAUUUGACCAAAAAUGUGUGCAAUUGUCUUUUGUAACCUAAACUGUUUUACAAAAAACCCAAUGUAUUAAAGACAUUAUUUUUUUCACAAAG